CAAGCAAGUAGUGGUACGUUGACGUGUGUAUCUUGUUUCUGAAUACAGUUGGACCCGCUGCAAAACGAGUUUUCAAUGCAUGGCCCGGACUUCCAUUGAGGGAACAAGCCGUGCAGAUUCUUCACAAUCUCUGCACAACAACCUUGCUAAAGGGCAAGUCCAUGUGAUUGAUCUUCUGCCACAGUCGCGGCAACGCCAUAGCAACAACACAUUUACUGUACCAUUAUAAGUGAUCUUCAACAGCCAUAAUCCGUCAGUGAGAUCUUUCCAUCAUCCGUCAUGUCUGCUCCAGCCACGCCCACUGGCGAGGUCAAGAAGAUCGGUCGAUGGUACUUUGGAGGCUUGGCCUCGGCCGCGGCCGCGUGCUGCACUCAUCCAUUGGAUCUACUCAAGGUUCACAUGCAAACCGGCGGAGCGAAGGAGAAGAUUGGCAUCAUGUCGCAGACCGCUCACAUCAUCAAAAGCGAAGGUAUCCUGGCCCUCUACAGUGGCUUGUCGGCCUCAUUACUGAGACAAUUGACCUACUCGACCACUCGCUUUGCCAUCUACGAGGUGUCGAAGCAACAAGUGGCUCCGAAUGGCGAGAGUAUUCCGUUUUUGACCCGGUUAUCGUUGGCGGCCGUGGCCGGAUUCACGGGUGGAUUGGUGGGAACCCCGGGGGAUAUGAUCAAUGUGCGAAUGCAAAACGAUGUCAAAUUGCCCAAGAACCAACGGCGAAAUUACAAGCACGCCAUUGACGGCCUUUUCCGUGUGGCUCGGGAGGAAGGCGUGAAGAAAUUGUUCAACGGAGCGGAUUGGGCGUCCAGUCGAGCGGUUCUCGUGACGGUUGGACAGCUCUGCUUCUACGACGUGGUCAAGGCCAAACUCCUGACCACGGGACACUUCCAGGAUAAUCUCACGACGCAUUUCACCAGCAGUUUGGCAGCCGGCGCCAUUGCCACUACGAUGACGCAGCCUUUGGAUGUCCUCAAGACCCGGGCCAUGAAUUCCAAACCCGGAGAGUUCAAAGGCGCCCUUGAUCUGGUGUCCUUCACGGCCAAACAAGGCCCGAUGGCAUUUUACAAAGGCUACAUCCCGGCCUUUGUGCGCUUGGGACCCCACACGGUGUUGACCUUUAUUUUCUUCGAGCAGCUUCGGAUGAACUUUGGGAAGACUGUCGAGUAAAAAGGAUCAAACCCCAAAAUUGUGGCUGUUACUAGAAGCUGCUGCCGUCGUCACAGUUACGUAUUAUGAAACUCGCGUAAUGUUCAAGUACGCUAGCUAGCCAGUAAUUAUUAGUGUUCAAGGCACAAUCCUGUGAGUAAACGGAACCACCAUAUCUUCGGCUUUCAAGUUCAUAAGUUCAACAUAGCCCGUAGUUUUUGUAGCUUUCCAAAAGAAUGUAUUCAAUAAAGUUUAUGGAAAAAUAGA